AUGAAGUGCUUGUGUUCUGGAGAACAUGCCAGAGCAGAUCGUGCGAUCCGAUCCUCCAAGUCGACGGAAACAAUGGACGUCUCCGCUGGAGAUUGUUCCGGUCAAACUGGCGCAGCUGAUCAAAGGAUCGUUGACACUGGAAACAUCGAAGAAGCUGAAUCCUCUCUUCGUGAGGGCGGAUGCCUGAACUAUGAGGUUCGUGUAGGCCGUAUUUUCCUUGCUUUAGUUUAAUUUUUCUUUUCUCUGGUGUGAAUAAUCUUAGUGAGUCCCUUCAGGGUAUCUCUCCUCUGAAGAAAUUGAAUGGAUUUCCUCAAAUGGACCUGCGUUUUACCCAUCAAGAACUACUUUCAUCUGGGAGAAACUUACAGAUCUUUGCUCCACAGGAAGCCAGAGCACUGCUGGGGAGGAUGGAAUACAACCAGGGGAACAUUGAAGCUGCACUUCAUGUUUUUGAAGGAAUAGAUAUCGCUGCUUUGGUUCCGAAGAUGAAGCUCUCGAUUGCCAGUCGAGCUGAGCCUCGAAAGCUUCGGGCACGGGGUAGUAAUUCAAUAAUGCCCAUGUCCAUGCAUGCAGUCAGUUUACUUUUUGAAGCUAUUUUCCUCAAAGCAAAAUCAUUGGGGCAUCUUGGAAGGUUUAAAGGUAUACCUAUAAACCUUCUGAUCACAGAUCAUUUCUUGUUUUUCCUUAGCGCCUGUUGCUUCCAUUUAGUGCCUGAAAGAUUUGGGUUAUUUUCUGAAAGACAGUUGUUGCCAAGCAUGACGGAUCUCAGUUGUUCCUGUAAAUUUUUCCCAGUAUGGGAGAAAGAUGUUUCAUGGCUCGUCUCUGAUUAUUCUUUGAUAAUCUUGCUUUCAGAAGCUGCUCAGCUAUGUGGUACUCUUCUGGAUACUGUCGAGGCUGCAUUACCCAAAGGUUUGCCUGAGAAUUUUGGUGUGGAUUGUAAAUUACACGAUACACUCGUCAGGGCUGUUGAGUUGCUUCCAGAGCUAUGGAAACUUGCUGGGUUUUCGCAAGAGGCCAUCUCCUCAUACCGAAGAGCCCUCAUCACUUAUUGGAACCUCUCUGCAGAGACAGUAGCAAAAAUACAGAAGGAAUUCGCCAUUUUUCUUCUUCAUGGAGGUUGCUAUGCAAAUCCUCCAAACCUCCGUUCUCAAAUGGGCGUGUCCUUUAUACCCAGAAACAACUUUGAGGAGGCUAUUCUUCUUUUGAUGAUCCUCUUGAGGAAGUUUGCACUUAAUAAGAUUGAGUGGGACCCUACCAUUAUAGAUCAUCUAACAUUCGCCCUCUGUGUCUGUGGGGAGCUGAAAGCCUUGGCAAGGCAGCUUGAAGAGGUGCUUCCUCGGGCCAUGCAGAGAAAAGAAAGACACUACAUGCUGGCUCUUUGCUAUCUUGGUGAAGGAGACGACAUGGUUGCUUUGAAUCUUCUGAAGAAGAUUUUAAGUGCUAGAGAGGAUCCUAAUUGCUUAAAAUCAGUACUAUUGGCUUCUAAAAUAUGUGGGGAAAACAGUGCCCAUGCAGGGGAGGGAGUGCUGUUUGCGCGCAGAGCACUUGCUAACUUAGGUGACGGGUGUGAUACAAUUGGAAGUGUUGCCAAUUUAUUAUUGGGCAUCUCUCUUUCCACCCAUUCCAGAUCUUCUGUAUCCGAUUCCCAAAGACUCGCCUGGCAAUGUGAAUCUCUUGCGGCUCUGGAGAAAGCUGACCAAAUAAUGCUGAAAGACUACAAAGUUAUAUAUCAUCUCAGCCUAGAAAAUGCGGAGCAGAGGAAACUGGAUGCAGCACUUUAUUAUGCAAAGCUUUUGUUGAAGCUUGAAGCUGGAUCAAAUAUAAAAAGCUGGGUUCUCUUGGCUAGAGUAUUAUCUGCUAAGAAGUGUUACCUUGACGCUGCGGACAUAGUUGAUGCUGCGCUGGAGCAGACUGGAAUGUGGGGACAGGGAGAGCUGCUGCAGACGAAAGCCAGAAUCCAGAUGGCUCUAGGAAAAUUGAAGAAUGCGGUUGAAACGUAUACCCAGCUUCUCGCCAUUCUUCAACUGAGGAGUAAAAGCAUGGGCUCCGGAACAAACCUCAUAAUGGUUCGCAUUAUAUUAUUUUACCUUGAUGUUCAGAUUAUUGAUACGCCAUGUUACACUGUGAAAAUCCCAUCGCUUUAUUAUAGUUCCCUGCUCGUGAUUGCAUGGAUUUAGUCUCAUUAUUUAAGAAUUUUCAUUCCCAUUGAAACUCUUAUUUAACUCGUAAACGUCUCUGGAUAUAUAUAUAUAUAUAUAUAUAAAAACUUGUGUAUUUAAUUCUCAAACUUCUAGUGUUUUGCAUCUCGUGCAUGUCAGGGUCAAGGGGGGAAGAGUGACCGGAACUUAGAGUCAGAAACAUGGUACGAUCUGGCAAAUAUUUACUCGAGCAUUUCUCAGUGGAAUGAUGCUGAGGUUUGCCUCUCCAAGUUGAAGAACAUUAGCCCGUUAUCCGCUUUAAGAUGGCAUGCUACAGGUGACCAUUUUAUUCAUUUAGACACUCAGUGAUCAUAUUAUUAUUUUCCAUCCCUCCUUCGACUGCUGCUUUCUGAGAAGGUGCGCAAAACUUUUAGGGUCCAAAAGGAUAUGGUGCCGUUUAGUUUCUUUGGCGCAUAUCUAUUUAUUUUAUUUCAGUUUUUAUUAAUGGGUAACCAGAGUUUUCCGGCAUAUCAGUUACUGAUUAAAUGUCAGAGAGAAGACGUCAUCAUUCUCAAUGAGGCAUUUAUUCAUUUUGUUGAUCUGUUUUUCAUGUCAUCAUCAUUUAUAUUCUUAGUUUGACUUUGAGAUGUGAGCUCAUAUUUGUGAUGGCCAAUGACUAUCAAAGCUUCUGGGUAUUCUGUGAAGGGUUUUCCAUGGCAGCUAAUGAUGCGUACAUUCUCAGGGCAAAUGUAUGAAGCCAAGGGCCUCCACAGAGAGGCACUGGUUGCCUACAGGAAUGGACUGGAAAUUGAGCAUGCUCAUGUUCCUAGCCUGGUGUCCACUGCUACAGUGCUCGGAAAACUUGGGUAUCAGUCAAUGGGCACGGCAAGAGGCUUCUUGGGUGAUGCUCUUAGGCUAGACAGGACCAAUCAUGGUGCUUGGUUCAACCUUGGUGUGCUUCAUUCAUCCGGUACCAGCAGGUCAGCGAUUGAUGCGGCUGAGUGUUUUCAAGCUGCUGCUCUUCUUGAAGAAUCUGCGCCAGUUGAGCCCUUCAGAUGA